AUGGUGCACCCUGAUAAUAUCUCAAAAGAAUUAGUUUCUACAAACGAUGUUUCUCCGAUUGUUCAAGGGGUUGUCGUAAAGUUGGUAGAUGUUGGCGGUGACUUUAAUAACAAGCAAGAGUUUGAUGAUCAUGAUACCAUGCUCACAUGGAUUCGUAGGACUGCAACUAGACUUGGUUUUGGUGUGGUUAUAGGAAGAUCAGAUAAUGGUUCGGAAAGAAGUAACGUUUUUGUAACUUUGUUGUGUGAAAGAAGCGUGAAAUACCAAACUCCUCUACGAAAGUUUAAAAGAGACGACACGGGUAGUAGAAAUGUGAAGGUCCUUUUAAAAUUUGUGGUUACAUGUUUGGCUACCAAGAAGUGGAAAUUUAGUGUUAUUUAUGGUUUGUAUAACCAUGAAUUGUGCUCAAAGUUACAAGGACAUCCUAGUGUAUGUCGGCUCAAACCGAAAGGGAAGACACAUAUUAGUGACAUGAUCUUGAAUCUUGUCCAACCGAAAAAUACACUUCCCACAUUGAAACGAAAGGAACAUGACAAUGUAUCAAAUAUAAGGCAAGUGUAUAACAUUCUAUACCGCACUAACAAGGCGAUUAGGAGAGAUAGAAGUGAGAUGCAACAGCUGUUAAAUAAUGGCACAACUUAUGGGAACCAAAUUAUGAUUUUCUGGUAUUAUGUUUCUGGUUUCUUUCAUAAAUAUACAUACGGACAUGUUCCGUAA